CCCGGCUUUGAUCACAAACACCUGGUGCCACAGGCAGUCGAAUCUGUAAAGGUCAUGCUACAGAUCUCGUGGAUCCCCGACUGCCAGCAUUUCCUGCUGGUCUCUCCGUGGAUUGUCUCCGCUCUGUGGAUCAUCUCUGCUCGGCUCCGUGAAUUAUCUCCGUUCUGUGGAAUAUCCCUGCAUUACGGACCAAACCCGCAUGACGCAACCGAUUUGCUUAGCCUGGUUGCCGGCUGCAGGUGUGUGUCUCAGAGAGGAGAAGCAGGCAGUAAUGGCGGCCCGAGGCCUGGAGAAAGCAGACACCGGGGCACUGAGCCCUGAACAGCAGGACAAACUGCGCCAGUUUAAGAUCAAGACAAGAAUAGAGAACGAAAUGUAUCUGAGAACUCAUCCAGAAUUGCAAAUGCUGCUGAGUGAUUUUCUAAGAGACGUGUUUAUUAAAAGACCUACGGAUAUCCGUGAAUUUGCUGCAGAUCACUUCAGUGAUCCAGACCUACCAAGGAAAAUUCAAAUGAAAUUGGAAGAGAAGGCUUCAGCAAUAAUAUAAAGAGGUCUUGAAAUAUAGAUGUCCCAUAAAACAGUGACAAACACA